AUGUCAACAGCGGCAUCUGCAACAUCGUCGCUUCGCUGGGUCAAGUACGAAGAUGUGUACUACGCCGCGUUGGUUGUGCCAGAUGACGAGGCCCCAACGCAGGUGCAGAGCGGCCACGCGUUUGUGUACUUUCUCGGCAGCGAGAGCGGCGCUGUGGUGCCGAUCAGCGACAUGCAGCCGUACGACCCGCAUGACACAGAGCGCACGAGUCACCCAGCAGCAGCAGCUGGUGUUGCGGUAGCGCAGCAGAUCAUCUCUGGCGCAGCAACAGCAGCAGCGGGGGGCGAGGAGGAUAUGGAGGGGGAGGAGGAAUUGCUUGAUAUACCGGUAAAAAAUAGAACGAAGGCGAAGGGAUACCUUGAUGAUGAUGAUAAUGAUGAUGUGGAGAAGCUGUUGCCAUCCCGCCAAGGUGGUACCAAACGGCCUCGUAGUGUGGCGGAAGAGGAAGAACAAGAAGAGUCAGACGAAACGUCAAGCAGCCGUAGCAGCAGCAGCAGCAGCCAUGUGAGCAGCGAAGAGAAGGCACAGCGGAGCCGCUGGAAUGACAUGGCAGAGGAUCUCGACUUGACGCCACCGCAGCGAGGCAACGGUGGUAACAACAGCGGCAGCAACCGGCGCUCUGCUGGUGGUGUUGGUGUUUCUUCAGGACAAAAGUCUCGCGAGAGCGUCCUUGACGCGUACGGUGGCUCGAUUGUGACGCCAUUCCUCGCGGAGAUCCACCACCACUACCGCAAAGCCCUCAUGAAGGCGGCAGAGAGUGACCGUGUUGUGAACAUGCAGGAGUCCGACAUUGUUCGCGCCGUCGAGGCGGAGCUGCUCGCGUGGCGCGGCGAGGUCGCCUACUUGCAGCGCCUCCUCCAGGACGUGGAGGGGGAGUAUAGGGCUGUUGCAGCUGCCGCACCGCACGAUGCUGCGGUGCUCGAGGAGGAAGCGGCCGCCAUUCGCAGCCGACUGCAGCGACUCCGGUCUUCCUUCAACCUUGAGCGUGUGGUGGAGCAGCAGCUGCGCGUGCGCGACAAGGUGAGCGAGCGGCGUGAGCGGCGGCGUCACGGUGGUGUUAGCAGCAGCGCCUUCACCGAUGCGUCGCUGGCGUUCAUACUGGAUGCGAAGGCCUUUGCCGCAGUGCCGCGCGAGUUACCGCAGCAGUUGGCGCAGCGCUACCGCGAGCAGCGGAUGCGGCGUGAGCGGCUACUUGCCUCGCAGCACGGCCUCGGCAAGACCGGCUUCACUGCACCGGUGGCACGUGUCAUGGAGAAGUGGCGGCAAGCACGAGAGUUGAUUGUGCUCGACCCGCUGCGCGAGAAUCAGCCAGUGUCGCGCCGCUACUCUGAGAGUCUCGCGAAGGUGGAGCGGCACGCGCUGAAGUGCUUGUCAGCGUCGCAGGGCUUGGCGCAUCGACUGACGUCCGGGCACGGCGCCCAACACCAGCAGCAGCAGCAGCAGCAACAACAACAACGUAUGCACACACCGGCGAGCCUGUACCGGUUCCACGACAUGCACGAUGACGAGCGGCAGGUGACGACGGCGACAUAUCAGCCAAGCAGCAGCCACCCGUACAUGCUGAGCAGCGCCAUGCCGGACGAUAACCACAACAAUCUCAACGGCGACGGCGAUGGUGAGCGGGACGCAUUCCAGGCGCCGCUCAUUUCGCCAUUGCACAUGAACUUCGACCCCCGCGCGACCUUCGCGGUGGACCUUGGCGAGAUUGUGCACGAGAAUACGCUGGCGGAGCAGUUGGCGAUGCGCAGCAUGCAGUACAGCCAUAGCAUCCGCCUCCCUUCGCAGGAGUCGGUGUGGGAGGAGAGCGAAGCAUACGACGCGCCACUGCCACGGCGACGACGAACCGGCAGGUCAACGAGCCGUGCCGGUUCCCUCUCGCGUGCGUCCUCGCGUGCCUCCUCGCUGGGGCGGGACGACAGGAACAACAGCAAAAUCACCACUGAUAAUAACAAUAACAAUAAUGUGAAUAAUAACAAUAAGAGCGGUGGUGAGCGGCGGCCACGCAAUGACUGGCGUGCGUCGGCGAAGCGUGCGAUACUCGAGCACCUGACGCUGUACCUGCGCGGCAUACGCGGCAAGCCGGCGGUGCUAAGCAAGGACCAGUUCCAGUCCAUCGCGAAGAAGCUCCUGGAGCGGGCGGUGCGCAGCGAGUCGGAGCGCACGGGGCUCUCCAUGUCGCUGCAGGCGAACAACGCCAGUGCGCCCUUCACAAAGGACAUCGAGGGCCGCCUGCGCAGGUCGGUGGACAACUAUGUGCAGCGCCACUUUAUUGCGGCACGCACGCCCCGUGAGCAGCAGCAACAGGAGGAUGGUGAGGCGUCGGUGGAGCGGUGGGCGUCGGCACGCCGCGGCACAGCGCAGCGGCAGGACGACAACGACGAAGACACGCGCUCUGUCAUGGGUGCCUACCCACACGCAACAGACUCACCCGUGUACGAUCAAUGA